AACCAUUUAAAAGAAAUUUAUUAGUUUAUAAUUAAUUGAUAAUUAUUUAGUGAUAAAAAAGUAACCGUAACUCAAAAUUUAAAAACUUGGAUAAAACACUAUUGCCAAUUCCCUCCCAAACGAUAACACCGUUACCACCCUUAACUCCCUCUUCCUUUCUCCUAAUAAAACAGUUACGCUUCUUUCUCUACUCACGUACUUUUCCACACACAUCGUCGGAAAAUGUUCCGCAUAAACAACACCUUCGUCGGAAUCCUCCACACGCUCCCUCUGCUCCUCGGCCUUGCCGCCCUCGGUGUGUCCGCUUACAUCCGCGUCCACGGCGACUGUCAGAAGGUGCUCCAAUACCCGCUCUUAUUCAGCGGCCUCUUCGUUUCCAUCGUCUCCGCUCUCGGCCUCGUCGGCGCGUUGUGCCGCGUCAACGCCGCACUCUACCUCUACCUCAUCGUCACCUUCUUCGUCAUCCUCGCCUUCGCCUCCUUCACUGUCGUCGCGCUCGUCGUCGUCACCAAAGGCAACGCUCCGCACCGCGCCUCGCGCGUGGGCUUCACCGUACGGGACUUCUCGCCCUGGCUGCGCCACUACGUCUCUGACGACCGCAUCUGGGAGGACACGAAGAGGUGCUUCUUGCAAGCGCGUAUCUGUCACGGCCUCGCCGUGGGCGCUAACAAUGUCUCCCUCGUCUUCAAACACUCAACUACCACGCAGUUUGGGUGCUGCAAACCGCCGGAGCAAUGUGGAUUGAAACUGAACGGAACGUUGUGGGAGGCGCCGAAAGCGGGUGCAGCGGUGGAGGAUUCUGAUUGUAGGGUUUGGAGCAACAGGGAAGAGAAAAUGUGUUUUGAUUGCGAUUCAUGCAAAGGGGGAGUGCUGGCCGGAGUAAGGAAGCAGUGGAGAGAUGUAAGCAUACUGAAUGCCUGCGUUGUAGUGAUUCUGACCAUCAUCUACGUCUUCGCCUGUUACGCCAUCAGAAACAACCGAUUGGAGUACUCCAAAUACACCGCCCAGAGAAACAUGAGAAUGACAAAACUCACCUCAAUUCACGCUUGAACCCUUUUACUUCUCUCCAUG